AUGACUUUGGGAAAGAAUGUGCAAGUUUAUCGGAAUGACAGACUUGUUCUAAUCAAAAGAAAGAGCGAACCUAUCGCACAUAAGGUACAAAAACUUCCAUAUACUAUCCAAACAGUUCAACAGUUAAAACGCUCUACAUUUUACUCAAACAACACGUUUUCCUAUUUUAAAAGUAACUUUUCUCCCACUUUAUGCCUUAUAGACGUUGGUCCAGUCUAUAUAACAGGUGACCCUGAAGUGGCAAAACGAACAGUGAACUCUCUCCGAGCUUAUGGUGGUGACGAUUGCCCAGAAUUGGGCAUGACUGGUCUUUAUUUAGCUAUUCUUAACAGUCUACCUAAUUCUGAUGUGUAUUAUUUCACUGACGCGGGAGUCAAAGAUGCCCAUCUAAUAUUUUCUGUGAUAUCAAUCGCAUUGCAAAAAGAAUGUAGAAUUUAUCUGUUUAUCAGUGGCCACUGCGGUAGCCGUAGACGAAGAAGUUUAACAGAGCGAGAAGUGUAUGAAAAAGUAGCCAGCGCAACUGGAGGACAACGCAUAGAGUAUUCAAAGUCUGACAUUAACAAAAUUAUCAAGCUUCUUCGUCCAGCAAAUGUUUCUGAAGGAAAUUCGUCAUUGUUACGAGACGUCACACUGCUCUCUGUCGAUGCCAAUACUAAUCACUUAACGAUGAAAUCUUACAGUGUUCAAUGUGAUUCUACCAUUGCUUCUAUUACAGCUGUAUUAAGUGAUGAAGGAAAUGCUGAUAUUAAAGUUUUCCCACCUCAAGGUGAGUCCAACUAUUUUGUCUGGGUGCAAAGACUGUAUGUGCUUAGAAAACAGUAUGUGAAACCCAUUGCAUUGCUGGUCGACUCUCGGCUCAGUUACCAAGAUCUGAGCAGUUGA